UGCAACAGAAUUGGCGAAAGGAAUACGCCCCUGAUUACAAACACGGAACUACAGUGUCGUUAGAACGACGUCAACGUUGAGUCGCUGAUGCAGAUGUCAACUAUUUGCACGAUAGCUGAUUUGAUAUUCAUAGCGAAAUUACUCACAAUUUAGACACAUACCUAGCUAUCUAGGUAGUGCUCCACAUAUUCCCCUUUCCGAUCUAUGGAGUUUUUGCAGUUUCUAUCAUGGGCGUGCAUCGUAUUUACAGUCGGGAUGUUCUCGACUGGACUGACGGACCUGAAGAAGAUGAGAGCUUCCAAAAGUGCAGAUAACGUCCAGUUCCUCCCCUUCCUCACCACAUGCCUCAAUAACCUGGGCUGGCUGUAUUAUGGGAUACUGAAGACGGAUGGGACUCUGGUCCUGGUUAACACCAUAGGAGCCUGUCUACAGUCCCUCUACAUCCUCUCCUACUGCCACUACACCAAUGACAAGAGGCGAGUGACCUCUCAGACAUUACUAGCAGGAGGAGUGGUCUGUGGAGGCUGGCUGUACUUCAGUGUUGUCCUGCCUCAGGGAGAGUCUCAGCUGGCCCAGCUAGGUCUCACCUGCAGCCUGUUCACUAUCAGCAUGUACCUGAGUCCACUCGCUGACCUGAUGGAGAUAGUGCGUACUGGUAGUGUGGAGCGUUUGUCCUUCUCUUUGACUGUAGCUACCUUCCUCACCUCAACAUCCUGGACGCUCUAUGGACUACAGCUGCAAGACUACUAUAUCAUGGUUCCAAACACGCCAGGCAUUGUGACCAGUCUCAUCCGGUUCUUCCUGUUCUGGAGAUUUGCAUCUGUCAAUCAAGGCGUGCCAUCCUAUAAGCUCAUCGAAAUCUAAGUGGCUGGAGACUCACACCAAUGGUUACAAGGGAGAGAGAAAACAGGCUUCUUGACCCUAUCAUGGUCAGGCUGUCAAUCACUGAUAUUGUUACUCAUAUUGUAAGUGAUUCAUGAUCACUCCUACCCACCAGGGGUUUAAGAACACUUUCUCCUCUCAAGGCAGAAGCUGUCCCUAAUCACAGAUCUAGGAUCAGAGUACCCUAGCAAUGGGGGGAUGAAAAAUGAUGAAUAAAUAUCUGACCCUGUAUCAGUGGUUAGGGGCAUCUUCCUCGUCUUUCUCCCUCCACCACUUCCUUUUUGUGCCUUCUGUACUAGUCUGGGACAUCAUUACUGAGAACUCAACCAUGGGUGGGACAGUCCUGCCCUGUCAAUCACAGCAGUCUCUGUUACCCAGUGGGAGGUUUUUUGCUCAGCAUCAAUGCGCUGCUAUUGGUUGAAUCGCUCUAACUAACAGGGCAGGAUGAUCCCGCCUCUAGUGGGGUUUGAGAACCCCUCACCUUUAUAGUUGACUUGUCUGUCCUCAUCACUAUGGUACCCUGUGAACUAGGGGUGAACAACUGUUCCUGGUAGCCACAGUAUCUGCUGGGUUGUUAUCCUUCUCUUUUAACUAGACGUACAGUGCAUUUGGAAAGUUUUCAGACUCCUCGAGUUUUUCCACAUUUUGUUACGUUAUUCUAAAAUGUAUUAAAUUGUUUCUUUUCCUCAUCAAUCUACACACAAUAUCCCAUAAUGACAAAGCAAAGAGGUUUA